CGUCCGCAUAUGGCCUCGGUAUUCCGUUUGUUCCUGAACCACGAUGGCGUCGACGGUCGAGGUAGCUUCUACUCCAACGACAGCAGCGGCGUCUCUUCUUUCUUUGGACCCGGAGCGGCAGCAAGAGUUUCAGGCGAAGGUGCAGCGAGUCAGGAAGACAGCAGCCAAAAAGGAUGAGAAGCUGACGCCGGGCGUCAUCUACGUGGGCCAUAUCCCUCGGGGCCUUCAUGAGCCGCAGCUCAAAGAAUAUUUUGGACAGUUUGGGACAGUCACACGGCUCAGGCUUUCAAGGAGUAAAAAGGGCGAGCCUGGGGCACCGGGACCUCCGGGGGCACAAGGCAUCCAGGGUAUCCGCGGCAACCCAGGGAUUCCAGGGUCCCAGGGAGAGAGAGGUGCCCCUGGGAUACCUGGGAUUCCAGGGCAAAAGGCAGCUCAGAUACCGCUAAAGAAAAAGACGCCCUCCAACUCCGACACCAAUGUGGAUGUAUCUGAGAACAAUGAGGCAGCUCAGAUACCGCUAAAGAAAAAGACGCCCUCCAACUCCGACACCAAUGUGGAUGUAUCUGAGAACAAUGAGCUUCCUACCCCAGAAUGUACGCCGACAGUUCUCAAACGCCGAGAAUCUCAACCUGAAGAAGCUGAAGAGAAAGAAGUAAUUUUGAGACUGCCGCCUGCAAGUAAGAAGAGGAAAGCUACGCGGAAAGCAAAAACCGCCAAGUCACAGGAGAAAACUGCAACUCUCGAGCAACAGACAUGUGAAACAUAAGCAUUCCUUUGCACCAAGGACCCUGAGUAAAUAAUGAACGUUCCCAACAGUUUUGACUUGGAUGUUAAAUAGGACUCAGUAGGGUUUCUGUAUAAGGUUCCCUGCGUUCUGUGGUCCUGAAUACAUCCCAUCAGAAGAAAUAGAGUUCCAGUAACCUUUACCUAAGUAGCAACCUUUUUAGUUGCUACUACUUUGAGACAUUAAGGACCAGAAUCAAAUGGUGCAAUGGAU